AUGAUGCCCAUAACACCACUAUACCAACGUCCUCAAAACCACCAUUCACCAACAACCAUCCCCCCACCCGCGUAUAUCACCAUCGACUCACCUGGUAGCGAAGAGGCCUACGACCUCGAAGCAUUCCCACACCAGAACAAGACUCAGCCCGACUACAAUCCACCGCAGUCCACCGUCACCGUCUCGAAAGCAAAACGUCUCCGCCAGCUCGUCACUGCUGCUACAUCCAAGAUCUCAUUCAAUCCCACCAGUACCGCCCUGGAACGCACACGUCUACGAUGUGCCAUCCUCGCCCUCAUCAUCGUUGGACUAGUCAUGGUGAUCAUGCUCGGCGGGAUCUGUGCCCUGAUAGUGCUCGGGAAUGUUUCGGAAGGGAAGAACGGUAAUCUGCAUGUCUUUUUACCCUCUCUAUCACUCCGACAAGGGUAA